AUGACUGACUUCAAGCUAUCAGCACAGUUGGUUGGCCAUGAAGCUGAUGUUCGAGCCGCAAGCUUCCCCUCUCCCGAUACCGUCGUGACUGCCUCUCGCGAUUGCAGCGUCCGCGCAUGGCGUCGCACCCAAGCAUCUCCUCCGAAUUUUGAAGCCACUCUCUUGAGCCGCGGCUCCGAAUAUGUCAACUCUCUAUCCUUCUUUCCUCCAUCAAACGAGCACCCUGAUGGCUAUGUUGUCUCUGGCGGAAAAGAUACCAUCAUCGAAGUCAAGUCCCCCAACGCAACCAGCACCGAUAAUGCCGAGCGCCUUCUGAUCGGUCACUCAAACAAUGUCUGCACUAUUGAUGCUGCCCCCAGUGGCAAGUAUCUAGUGUCCGGCGGCUGGGACGGUCAAGCCCGUGUUUGGAGCCCCCAGAAGUGGGAAACAGAGCUAUUACUAAGUGGCCACGAAGGCAUGUCGGUCUGGAGCGUUGUUGCUCUCAACGACCAUACAGUAGUAACUGGUUGCGCCGACAAAAACAUCCGCAUCUUUGACUUGCGGCAGUCUACCUCUGGAGAUGUAGCACCAAAUUCGACUAUUUAUACACCCGACGUUGUCCGCGCCCUCUGCCGGGUUCCUCAGAAUCACCCGAGCGGUGCCGAUAUUGCGAGCGCGAGCAACGAUGGCACUAUCCGUCUAUGGAAAUUGAACGGCCAGCAGGUUGCAGAACUUCAUGGCCAUGAGAGCUUCGUUUACAGUAUCACAAGUCUCCCUACAGGCGAACUGGUCAGCGCAGGAGAGGAUCGCACUGUAAGAGUAUGGAAAGGCAACGAGUGUGUACAGACCAUUACUCACCCCGCCAUCUCUGUAUGGACAGUGGCGGCGAACCCCGAAACUGGAGAUAUCGUUACAGGCGCCAGCGAUAGCAUUGCUCGCGUUUUCACAAGAAGCCCUGAACGUACUGGUGACGACGCGAUGCUUAAGGAGUUCGAAGAAUCCGUCAAGUCGUCAUCGAUUCCCCAACAACAAGUCGGAGGCAUCAACAAGGAGAAGCUCCCCGGACCCGACUUCCUGACUUCCAAGGCUGGUACCAAGGAGGGUCAAGUUCAAAUGAUCAAGGAGGACAAUGGUGCCGUGACUGCUCACACAUGGUCCAUGAGCCAGCAGCAAUGGGUCAAUGUCGGAACAGUCGUCGAUGCUGUCGGCAGUACUGGCAAGAAGGUCGAGUACAACGGAAAAAUGUACGAUUUUGUAUUUGAUGUUGAUAUUGAGGACGGAAAACCUGCUCUCAAGCUUCCCUACAACCUCUCUGAAAACCCUUACGAGCGAGCUACCAAGUUCUUGGGCGAUAACGAGUUGCCACUCUCCUACCUCGAUAAUGUAGCCAAUUUUAUUACGGAGAAUACCAAGGGCGCCACUCUAGGCCAGACUUCAGAGCCCGGCGGUCCUGAUCCUCUUGGCACCGAGUCGCGGUAUCGCCCUGGUGAGAACACUCAGCCCAAGGUGCUCCCUCAGAAGGAAUAUCUCAGCAUCACAGCAGCUAAAUAUGAAGCUAUGUUCAACAAAAUAUUGACCAUCAACAAGAACAUGGUUUCAUCAGGUGGCAAAGAUGCUGCUCUCAACCCAUCUGACGAAUCCACACUAUCUGAGCUACGCACUGCCAUUGAGUCCAACAAGCCUGUCCCUCAACACGCCAUGCCUCUUCUCGUCCGAAUUCUUACCCAAUGGCCCUAUUCAGACCGUCUAGCUGGCCUCGAUCUCCUCCGCUGCGUGGCAAAGUAUCCUCUUGUCGCACAGUUCUCUGAUCCGACAGUGGGCUCUCUUCUCGAUCUUGCUUUCGCAUCAUCUCUGCCCCAAGGCGAAACUCCCAAUGAGAACGCAGUCAUGAUGGGCCUUCGUACUCUCGCAAACAUCUUCUCCACCGCCAAUGGCCGCUCGAUUGUGAGCGCUCAAUCGGAUGAAGCAAUCUCAUUCUUGGAGCGCGUCGUUGGUGUAUCAUCCGAUCCUAUUGGACCCUUGAACCGUAACGUUCUCAUUGCGGCCACCACAGCAGCAAUCAACCUCUCAGUUCUCGUACACCGCGAGCGUCUUCUCACUCCCGAUCAACGUCGUCGCCUAGCUAUUCUUCUCGGUACAAUCCUUUCUCGUGAUGGUCAGACGGACUCAGAAGUUCUAUACCGUGCCCUUGUGGCGCUCGGCACAUUGCUCUCAGCAUCAAAGACUGAAGCAGCCAAUCUCGGCAUCAAGGGGUGGAUCCAGGGUGCUGCAGGACGCAGCUCAGAAGAGCGUGUCAAGUCUGUCGCGGCAGAAUGCACUAAGGUAGCUCCAUAA